UAGUCAUUUUAUUGGUGAUAGCUUUUUGCUUUAUUGUAGGCUUAAUAUGUAUAAGUUUCAAAAUUGAUAAAUAACAUUGGGAAAAUUAUUUAAAUUAUUCAGAAGUAAUUGAAACUUGUUAUAGAAACUUAUCGCAAUGAGUAGGUUAUAAAGAGUGACAAUGGCGGCGCUCGGAGUGCCACAAAAUGUUGUCGACAAAGAGCUAGAAGAAAUUAUUAAAUUAACUUGGGGACAGCAGGUGCGACAAGAUAUAUUUCAACGGUGGACUCAAGGAUUUAGUUUUAGUGAUGAUGAACCUACUGCUCUGGUGCAGUUUGAAGGAGGUCCUUGUGCCGUUUUAGCACCUAUGCAAGCUUAUAUUGUAAAAAAUAUUGUCAAAAACAAAUCUAUAGAUGAUGAUUGGAAAAAGGUUGAGAAUGAUGAACAAAAUCAUUUAUUAACAAAAGCGGCUUGUGAUAUUCUAUGUCAAGCAACAGUUGGUAAUGAUCAACUAAAGUUUGUACAUAUUGAUAAUAAAGAAAUAUGCCUAGAGCAUAGCCGUUUUCAUUCGAUGCUUAAGGUAGAAAUAGUUAACAGAAAUAAUGUUGAAACAUUUUUCUAUGAACAUGUUAGUUUUAUGCGUGACACAUUUGGUAUAUUGUUAUUUUUGUAUACUGUUAUGCAUUCUAAGGGUUUAUUAAAACUUAAAGAAGAAAUUAGUGAUCUUGAAGUUCCUUUGAUUGAUAAAGAAUUUGGUUAUGGUAGUCAAAGUUUGAUUAAUAUGAUGAUUACUGGACAAGCUGUUUCUAAUGUUUUUAAUAAUGACCAAGUAGUGGCUGGAUUAAAGCUGCAAGGCAUUGAAAAGCAAAGUGAAAUUGGGUUUAUGUCUUUAUUAGAACAUUUAAGGUAUUGUCAAGUUGGAACAUAUCUAAAAAAUCCAUGUAAUCCUGUCUGGGUAUUAGGUAGUGAUACACAUCUCACUGUAUUGUUUUCUUUUGAUCAAAAUUUGGUCAGUAAAGAAACACAAGCUGACAUAGCUAGACGGACAUUUAAGCUGUUUGAUCAGGAUGGAAAUAAUUUUAUAAGCACACAAUGCUUAAAACCAUUAUUAGAAAAGCUUGACCUAGUAUCUGAUGACGAGUAUGUGAAUUUAAUGUCAACAAAAUUGGAUUCUGAAGGUCUUGGUAUAAUUUUGAUGCCAUCUUUUAUGGACGAGUUUUUUUCUGAUCAAGAAAAUAAAACGCCAGAUAUUUUUGUGGUAUUUCAUUAUAAUGGACAACCUAGAUCUAAUCCUAAUUCCAAAGUGACUUACAUUGAAGGGAAUGCAGUUAUCCAAGAAUCUGAUGUAAUUUGUAUUGCUGAAGAUAACAACUUACAGUCUUGCUUACAAACUAAAUGGCCAUAUAUUGAAAUACAAUGGAAUAAUGGAGUUACACCUUCAAUUAACUAAAAAAUUUAUGUAUUAAAAUUUUGGUAUCAUUAUGUAGCCUACCCUGUGAAAAGUUUUAUUUUUAAAGAUAUAACAAUUUUAGUGGUAUAAUGAAUGAUGAAUCAUUUUUUUCUCUGUAAUAUCAUAACUAAAAAGUAUAUUUUUAUUUAAAU